AUGGACAGGGGCAGGGAUGAAAACCAGGAGUUCCUGGUGCCGGACCUGGUGAAGCAGUUCGUGGUGUACUUCUACAGGCACAUUAUGGAGCGGAAUGUUUCGGAGAUUUGGUCGAUGUACGAUGUGUCGUUCCACAAGCUCUCCGAGCGCUACUUCAAGACCUCGUCUUGGCCGCCGGUGCAGUUCGUGUCGCACCUGGUGGACAACGACCACGUCUUCUGCCUGCUGUACCAGGAGAUGUACCACAGGCACCUGUAUUCGAAGACGAUGCCCACUCUCGAGCAGCGCGCCAGGUCCUGGGACACCUACGUCGACCUGUUCCAGAUCAUCUGCGGCGCGACGGUCAACAUGCGCCUGCCCACCGGGUGGCUGUGGGACAUGGUUGACGAGUUCUGCUACCAGGCCCACUCCUACUGCCAGUUCAGGGGGAAGGCGUCGAGGCUCAAGCCGGACGACUUCAGCCUGCUGCAGAGGUGCGAGGCGCGGGAGGUGUGGUCCAUGGAGGGUGUGCACCACUUCCUGGAGAUGCUCAUCGAGCGCUCGGGCGUCGUCGCGAUGCUGGAAGCCGAGGGGGACAAGUGCGUGGCGGACAUUCCCGAGAGUGUGUCCAACGUGCUCCCCCUCAUGGGCUACUUCGCGCUGCUCGGCCUGUCGAGGAUGAAGACACUCCUUGGCGACUACGAGGGCGCCCUUCGCGCGCUGUACCCGGUCAACGUGCACGAGCGCAAGAGCCCGAUGACCGCGCGGAUCAGCUCGUGCCACAUUGCGCUCCUGUACUACUCGGGCUUCUGCUACCUGAUGCUGGAGCGCUACACGGACGCGGCCCGCUGCUUCAACAGCGUGCUCUUCUACAUCGCCCGCGUCAAGCAGGGCCACAUGCGGCCGCAGCAGUUCGAGCAGGUGCUGAGGAAGAACGAGCAGGUCUACGCGCUCCUCGCGCUCACCGUCGCCCUGUGCCCUCGCACGCAAAAGGGCCUCGAGGAGCAGGUCGCGCAGAACCUGGUCUCGAAGCACAAGGAGGACCUCGCGGCGCUCGCUCGGGGCGAGGAGGCGCCCCUGGAGGUGCUCUUCGCGUACGGGUGCCCCAAGUUCGUGGCCGGCGGGCAGAUUGACCUCACGCAGAGCCGAAACCCCAACACCGACGUGCACAAGGCGCAGCUGCAGCGCUUUUUGGACUCGGCUCGCCGGCGGAAGCACCUGCCGAUGAUGAAGCAGUACCUGGCGCUGUACUCCACCAUCCCGCUGGCCAAGCUCGCGAAGCUGAUGGACAUGGACGAGAACGAGCUGCGCGGCGUCCUGGCGGGGUACCAGGACCUGACCACCUGCACCACGUACAAGGCUGGAAACGACAUGCUUUCGGGGGAGCCGGAGAGCACCGCCGACCUCGUGUACCAGCUGGGCCGCGACGACGCCGGGCGCGACAUCGUUAUCGUCCAGGAGACCCGGCAGCCCCGGAAGCACAACGACGUGUUGCUGCGGCACAUCAACAAGUUCAAGGAGAUCACGAAGGACUUGCAGGUUGCCGCACGGGGUGUCAACCCCGCCCAGGCGUAG